AUGUCGUUGGAAAAACGGAUCCGAAGCGUGUUCCAGGCGCCCAAAAAGGGCGAGACGUACGAGCUGCGGUCCGGACUCGUGUCGCAGUACGCGUCCGAGCGAAAGGAGGCUAUUCAACGCACGAUCCAGGCCAUGACCCUGGGCAAGGAUGUUUCUGCUCUGUUUCCGGACAUUAUGAAAAAUCUCGCCACCCACGACAUUGAGCAGAAGAAACUCGUCUAUCUGUAUCUAAUGAACUACGCCAAGUCGCACCCCGAGCUGUGCAUUCUUGCCGUCAACACCUUUGUGGGAGACUCCGGCGACCCCAAUCCGCUGGUUCGAGCCCUCGCCAUCCGAACAAUGGGCUGUAUUCGAGUUGACAAGAUGGUCGACUACAUGGAUGGACCUCUGCGAAAGACUUUGGGCGACGACAAUCCCUACGUGCGAAAAACUGCCGCCAUCUGUGUCGCCAAGUUGUUUGAUUUGGCUCCCGAAACCUGUGUGGAGGAGGGCUUCCUGCAGACGCUGCAAGGACUCAUGAGUGACUCCAACCCCAUGGUAGUGGCCAACGCCGUCAGCGCCCUGGCUGAGAUUCAGGACAGAGACCCCUCGACAAACUGCUUUGUUAUUAAUUCGCACAUUCUCGGCAAGUUGCUCAGUGCUCUCAACGAAUGCACCGAAUGGGGUCGAGUCACCCUGCUGACCUCCCUGGCCGACUAUACUGCCGAUGGCGACGAGGGCACCCACAUUGUCGACCGUGUGGUACCCCAAUUCCAGCAUGCCAACCCGUCUGUCGUUCUGGCAGCCGUCAAGUGUGUGCUGGCACACCUGCACACACAAACGGAGGAGAACCGGGAGAUUCUGCUACGAAAGAUUUCUCCCCCUCUGGUUUCGCUCGUAGGCUCGUCGUCACCCCCAGAGGUGCAGUACGUAUCUCUGCGAAACAUUCGACUGAUUCUGCAAAAGUACCCACAGCUGCUGUCACGAGACCUCCGAGUCUUCUUUGUCAAGUACAAUGACCCCGCCUACCUCAAGAUGGAGAAGCUCGAGAUUCUCGUGCGAGUGGCCAACGACAACAAUGCCAGUCAACUGCUUGCAGAGCUCAAGGAGUACGCUCUUGAAGUUGAUAUCGACUUUGUGCGACGAGCCGUGAGAGCCAUUGGCCAGCUGGCUAUCAAGAUCCCCUCGUCGGCUGAAAAAUGCGUGUCGCUGCUACUUGAGCUAUUGGACACCAAGAUCAACUACAUUCUGCAGGAGGUGGUCAUUGUCUUCAGGGACAUUCUGCGACGAUACCUGCCUGGUGGAGUGGCUGAUAAGGCCAUCUCCAACCAGGUGUUCGCACCCGUGAUCCCCUUGCUGUGCGAAAACAUGGACGAGAUUGAUGAACCUGAAGCCAAGGCCGCCAUCAUCUGGAUUCUGGGCGAAUACGUCGACCAGGUCCCCAACGUGGCUGAGAUUCUGGGCUCUAUAACCCCCCAGUUUCUGGAGGAGUCCACACCCGUGCAGCUGCAGCUUCUCACAGCUGUGGUCAAGCUGUACGUAAAGAAACCCGACCAGGGUCAGCGGCUGAUCCAGGAAACCCUCAACACUGCUACCUCGUCCUCGGACAAUGCUGACAUUCGAGACCGAGCCUACAUUUACUGGCGUCUUCUGUCGUCAGACACGGCCUUCGCCCAGAGUGUGGUUGGAGCCGAUAAGCCCCCCAUUGCUUCUAUUAUCCCUGAGGUUCAGCCUGCUCUCCUAGACGAGCUUCUGAGCGAGCUGGGCACUCUCGCAUCGGUCUACCACAGACCUGCCUCUACUUUCAUGGGUAAGGGCAAGUUUGGCGCUGAUGCUAUACAGAAGCGAGCCAUCGAGGAGCAGCGAGCGCUUGCUCAAGACGGUGCCGCCGCGGCUGCUGUUGGAGCUGCUUCCGGAGGUGUCAACAUUGAGAACCUGUUGGACAUCGAUUUUGAUGGAGCCGCUCCCGCUUCUGCUGCUGCCAACACCGACAACCUGAACGACCUCGACGGUCUGUUUUCGCACACAGACGGCAACACGGACGCUGCUGCUGCCGCCUCUGGUGCCUCUGGUGCCACUGGAGCUUCUUCCAUGAACGACAUCAUGUCACUGUUUGGAAAUUCCAGCAGCAUGGGCGGUGGCAUGAGCGGAAUGGGUGGCAUGGGUGGCAUGGGUGGUUCUAUGGGGUCUCCUGCACCCAUGGCUGCCCCUGCCGACCCGUUUGCUUCGUUGUCUGCUGUUAACACCGCAGAUGCCUUUGCCUCUCUCAAUAUUGGCAACGGUUCGGAAAAACCAAAGGAACAGCCUGCUCAGCAGCAGCAGCAGCAGGGACAGGGAAAAGCCAAUGAUGAUCUACUUGGCUUGUUUUAG